AUUUCUGGGAAGACGGCUUCUUAAUCUUGGUGUGCUGCUCUUUCCGAGAAGAGCCGGGGUGAGGGUUCGGUAGUCAGCAGCGGUAGGUGGAGAAGGCCCGGUCAGGCUGGGAUCGCGGGAAGGGAGCAGCGCGGUCUCUUACGCGGAUCGGUCUCACACCACCCGCCAGAGGGAAAGGAAAGAUGAACGAGAUAUUGACCGCGGCGGAUGUAGCUUCGUCGUCGAUGAAGUCCAUGGCGCCGCCCUCUCCUCCCUCGUCCCCGGCCGCCAAUCCCUCCCUCGUCUCCGCCCUCCUCGCCUUCUCCUUAGCCCAAUUUCUCAAGCUCUUCACCACCUGACAUACAGGUUUAAGGAGAAGAGAUGGGAUUCUAAGAGGUUGCUUGAGUCAGGUGGAAUGCCUUCAUCACAUUCAGCAACUGUGGCAGCUCUUGCUGUAGCUAUAGGUCUCGAAGAAGGAACUGGCACUUCUUCAUUUGCUCUUGCUGUGAUUUUCGCAUCUAUUGUGAUGUAUGAUGCAUCUGGGAUCAGAUUGCAUGCUGGCCAGCAAGCUGAGCUGUUGAAUCAAAUAGUAUGCGAACUGCCAUUGGAGCACCCUUUAUCUAGUGUUAGGCCUUUACGUGAACUUCUUGGACACACCCCACUUCAGGUUUGUGCAGGUGCUGUCCUUGGCUGCAUUGUAUCAUACCUGAUGAGAUACUCAGGAUGAGGAGAAAUUUGGCCUUUGUCUGCCAUAAUUGGUUCUGAUGGAAAUGGGGGUCAAUUACAUGGCUGAAACCAAUCCAUGCACCAACAAGAUAUUCUUAUUAAUAUUAGCUUGGGUAGGACAUAAAUACUUGUUGAUCUGAACGUGUUCAGUAAAAUUAGCUUUUGCACUUGUAUUAUAGAUGGUAAAAAUCUUGAUUCUCCUUGAAAAUUUAAGCACUGGUCCACAAAUGAAGAAAGAUGGUGCAAUAUUUGUGCCAACCCUUGGUUGGUGACCGAUUUAAAUGCCAAUUUGCACCCGCCAGAAAA